UAAGUGAAAUAAAAUAUUUUGUGUUCGCUUGUUAAAUAAUAAAGAGUGAAAUAAAAUACUUAUAGUUAUUAUCAAAUAUUUUCUAAAGCGUUGAUAUUUAUUAGUAGUAAUACUGGUUUACGUUUAAAAAAAUAUUUUGCUAAGUAUAUAACCAAAUAUGCUUGCAACUUCAUUAAAAGUCUCUUUGUGGGGUAUUGGAGUAAGUCUAAUUCUAGGAUUAACUUGCUUAACAAUCGGAGCUUGUGGUAAUUCUUGGUGGAAAUCUUCUAUUUAUGACAUGGAGCAAAGCCUCAUAAGCUUCAGAAUAAGAGAAUUGAAUGUUCAAAGAAGAAACUUGUUUCAUUUCAAGUUAUAUAAUUUAGACAAUAUUUUGAUUCUGAUCAUUGUAUCGUGCAUUUUUGCAGUACUUUCGUUUAUAUGUCUUUUGGCUUUGUGUUGCUUUAAAGAUCGAAAGUCAACGUGGACUGUCGGCACCGGCAUUCUUAUAUGCCUAACUUUUAUAUCAAGUAUUUUUGGCAUUUCUGCUGUUUUGUAUGCUGAAGUAUUUACAGGAUUUUCAUGGAAAUAUUAUGAGCAUGGUUGGUCAAUUAUAACAGCAUGGACUGGAGCAGUUUUCUGCAUUUUAGCCUGGUUGCUAUCUUGUAAUGCUGGCUCUACUGGAAGACCGAAACUAAAUCAAAAAUACUUUAUCAAUGAAAGAAAAAUUUCUUCUGUUCGCGGUGAUCAAAAAGUUUUAUUUUAUUUUAAGUCAUUUCUUUUUCGAGUGAACAACAUGUUGAAUGAGUUUAAAAAAUAAACUUUUUUAUAAAAAAAACUAAGUAUAAAAUAUAAACUUGUCUUUCCUACACAUCAACUGUUUUAUCUACACUGAAUGUAAAUCUUCAUUAAAAUGAUCUUAAACCAGUUCUUUUUGAGUUAAAAACUUAUUUAAUAGUUUUGAAAGUUAAACUUUUUUUUUUUUCACUGUCAUUAUAAUAUUAACUUGCAUUUUUUGCACAACACGUCUAUUUAAUUUUUAAAAACUUUAUAAUUUUAACCCGGCAUUAAAAACUAAUUAACAUUUGUAUUUUGUAAAAUAAAUGCAUUUAAAUUUUGUUAAA